AUGGCAUUAGCGGCGUGGAAAUCGCACUCGCUCAUUCUGAUGGCGCUGCUGAUCGGUCUCGUCAGUGGUCAGCGGCAGGAUCAGGAGGAUCCGUGCAAAACCAAAUCGAAGGUCGUCGGUGACGUGACGUACUGCGAUCGCUACUGGGAGUGCAUCAACAGCCAACCGGAGCUGUACGAUUGCCCGAACGGGCUUGUGUUCGCCGGCAAGCAUCGAGGCGUCACUGAAGGAUGUGAUUAUCCGUGGCGAUCGAACUACUGCGACGGCAAGCAGUUGGCAAACGGUCCCAUCUCGACGGAGCACUGCGAUUGGCUGUACGGUAUCUUCGGUCACGAGACGUCCUGCACGCGGUACUGGACCUGCUGGAAUGGAACCGCCACCGAGCAGCUCUGCAUCGGCGGGUUGCUGUACAACGAGAACGCGCACAGCUGCGACUGGCCGGAAAACGUUGACGGAUGUCAGAAGCACCCCCUCUGCAAUGACGACGCGAACGGUAAUGUGCCCUUGGGCAAGUCCUGCAACCGCUACUGGCAGUGUCAGGGUGGCUACCCGCGGCUCCAACGUUGUCCCGCCAUGCUCGUGUUCGAUCGGCGUAGUCUGCGAUGCGUUGUGCCCCCAACUGAGGAUUGCGACGUGCCGACCACUCCAGUUCCACUGGAGUAUGAUCUGGACCAGCAGCAACACCAGCAACAGCAGCAGCAGGGCAAGGGAAAUCCAAACGCAAUCUACCAAUCGUCCGGUUCCGGUGGCCUCCAGGGUGGCAAACUGCAGUCCGGAGGACGAAACAAGAACUAAACAACUGUCCACCUCCAACAUACCCGCCCACACACAACCACAACCAACACAUCCGCGCACCCACACAAGCCUCGUUUUUAGUAAAGCUUCCACGCGUCGGUUCGAUGUCGAACGGUGAACUUUUGCCAAUCUUCUCCGUCCCACUACUCGGCCAGGUGAACUGAUAAUAGCCACCAGCGUGUACUGGGAAGUGUCUUAUUCCUGGAAUCUCACCGGACAUCUGCUGCAGUUGUGCAUCGUGGAUCCCCGGCGGGUGGGAUUUUACCUCACCGGUGGAAUUCGUCACAGUGAGCUGAGCUGGAAUUGAAGCGAUUGAGACCCACCUGGACGAACACCUGGACGGGACGAAAUUGAACCCUCCGGAACAUCUCCGGGCAACGGACGAAAAAGCUGUCAACGGCAGCCCGUGAACGUAUUAAAUGAGCUGCAAACUAACUCAUUUACCGAGCCACCGUCCGCUAGCAAUUUCGACAAUUCGGAAGCGGAAUUGAUGCAAACCGUUCGUUCGUCCGUUUGCCUGCGCCCGAAGGGGUGUUCGAUUUUAAUCAAACAAUCACAGCGCCGCCCGCCCGCGAGGGAGCGAAUUCGUGAAGCCGAAGAAAGCGUUCGAUCUGGAAGCGAAAGCGAAAAAAUAAAACAAAAGCCAGCGCCAUCAUUACUCCUCCACCGGCCACAUAGAGGUGCGCCUUAUCUUAUCCCACUGCGACACUUAUUUAAGAAUGUGUAACGUAUGUUAAGUCGACCGAGGGGCCGCGUAAA